CACCCGCGGCUGGCACUACGCGCUGCCCGCCGCCGGGCUCCGAGCCAACCUCGUCACACAGUGGGACCUGGUGUGUGCCUCUCGCUGGAAGGUGCCCCUGGAGCAGAGCACGCACCUGCUGGGCUGGGCACUGGGCAGUGUCACCGCCGGCCUGGCCUGUGACAGGUUCGGCCGCCGUCCCACCUUCCUGCUGUCCCUGGCGCUGGCCGUGGCCCUGGGGCUCGGCGUGGCACUGGCUGUGGAUUUCCUCAUGGUCCUGGUGGCACGGCUGCUCUUCGGGGCCGCGCUGGCAGGAGCUUUCCUCGCCCUCUACGUGGCACGGCUGGAGCUGUGUGACCCCCCGCACCGGCUGGGGGUGACAAUGGUGGCCGGAUUCUUCUGGAUCGCCGGGGAGCUGCUGCUGCCGGGGCUGGCCCUGCUGUGCCGGGACUGGCGGGUGCUGCAGGGCGCUGUCACCAUGAUCCUGGCCCUGCUGGCCGCCUGCUGGUGGUGCCCGGCACUGCUGCUGGAGUCACCGCGCUGGCUGCUGGCCACGCGGCAGCUGGAGAGGGCCAGGAAGACCCUGCAGGCGCUGGCCGAAGACAACUGUCCCCAGGACAGCCUCCUCACGGAGCUGGAGGCCCUGUCCGAGGGGCCCCCGCGGCCCCGGUACCACUCUGUCUGCGAGAUCUGCAGCACCAGGGUCAUCUGGAAGAACGGCGUCAUCCUCGGCUUCGCGGCGUUCAUCGGCUCCGGCAUCCGCCACUGCUUCACCCGCAACCUGGUCCCCCACCUGCCCCACUUCUUCUCCUCCCACCUGGUGCUGGUGGGCACCGAGGCCGCCGCCUGCCUCUUCGUGUGCCUGACUGCCGAGCGCUUCGGGCGCCGCGCCAUCCUCCUGCUCUGCACCGUCCUCACCGGCAUCUCCUCCCUGCUGCUGCUGGCACUCACCCAGUACCUGCUGGAGCUCAUUGUCCUGACCCUGUCCGUGGUGGGCACGGCCGCCUCCCACGCCGUCACCAUGCUCAGCAUCUUCUUUGCCAGCGAGGUUCUCCCCACCGUGGUCAGGGGCGCCGCCCUGGGCUUGGUCCUGGGGGCCAAUUUCGUGGGCAAAGCCGCGGCGCCCAUCACCGCCAUCCCCAACAGCCGCGGCUUCUUCCUGCACCACGUCGUGUUCGCCUCCUUCGCCAUCCUGGCCGUGCUCAGCAUCAUGUUACUGCCCGAGAGCCAGGGCCGGGGCCUGCCCCAGUCCCUGCAGGACGGCGAGAGCCAGCGCCGCCCGCCCCUGUUCCGCCGCCAGCCCCGCGAGGACCACCUGCCCCUGCUGGCCCCCCAAGCCAUCCCCCACGACUAUUCCCGCCUGGCCACCUCCACCAAGAGGAUGCUGCGCUCCCCGGACGCCCCCCGCGAGAUGUAGCCGUGCCCCCCGCGCUCCCCGGGGGGCUCCCCGCUGUCCGGGGGUGUUAUGGGAGCAGCGCCCACCCCGCGCUGGGGCCGGAUCCCGCCCCAGGAGC